GCGCUGCCCGAGUACGCAUACAGAAGAAGAACAUCGUGAAUGCACCGACGUGCGUGCGUCUCUCUCGCUGCCCCAGCGAGCGCCGCGACGACGGUGCUGUGUCGAGCACUCUGCACCUCCGCCGUUCUCCGCGGCGGCGGCAGCAGCGGCACGACACCGUCCUCCACGACUGCCAAAACAUCACCAACAUCUUCGUCUCCUCCCUCUGCGUCCUCGCCCGGUGAGAGCGGUGCAGGCGGAAAUCCCCGGGCGGCCAGCACGACAACUCGAGUCCCACCCCUCUACGAUCCUGCUACGGUGGUGCCGCCCCGCCGCCGCGAUGGUCACGUCGCGCCUGGGUACACGCCCGGCGUCUCCCCGCACACCUCCUCCCUCGCCAGUCACACCCCGCCCCCGCGAUCAAGCAUGACGACGCCCGCUGCGUCACCGGGAGGGGUGCAGUACACCCACAUGCGGCAGGAGGCCGCCGACGAUGCGGAGUUGCGACGCAGGACGGUACAGCGCGCCACGGCGGAGCAGCGAGCCGGCAGGGAGCCACCGCCACGCAGCAGCAGCAGGGGUAGCGGCGCCGACGACGCGAAUAGUGAGCGGGAAAGGUGGUGGCCGGAGGAGAACCAGAACUGGUCGGGGCGCAUGUUCUCCUCGCCGUUUGAUAAGAACAAGAAGAAGAUGGACGGCAUGUUCGUGCCGGAGAUGAAGGAGGUCUUCAGCCAGGAGACCCCGCUCGAGCUGAGCUACGCCGGCGACAACUUUUUUCUUAACGCGGACUUCCACAUGGCAGAUGAAACUUUCGAGGAGACGCGCCGCUUCGUGCCACCGCCCAGCUUCGACCCGGCGGUGGACGAAAUUGACGAUGACGGCUUCACGGACAGUACAGUGAUGUUCGACAUCCAGGCCGCGUUGGAGGAGGACAAGAAGCGGCUGGAGGCGUUUGGAAACCCGAUGACGGUGGAGGACCAGGUGGACUACUUGCUGGCCCCGCAGCGCGACGGCCAGGAGAACAUCCAGCAGCGGCAGGAGUUCAACGGGUUCGUGCACUGGGGCCUUCUGCAUGGCGCCCACAUGGUGCUCGAGGAGAACCACGAGACGAAGCGGGCCCACGAGUUCGUGAACCGCUACAUGCGGGACGUUGACCUAUUUGAGAAGUGGCUUGAGCAUCCGAAAGUGCGUGCACACAUCCAGAAGAAGUUCGGCAUUGACAUGUCCGCCAAGUUCGACAAGUUGAUGGCGCUGACGAUGGCCAUGUACACCCGCUCGAAGAUCCAAGUCUACGAGGAUGACCCGGCAGGCGCGCUCAAGUCGCUCACCGCCAGUAUGAGUUUCAUCUCUGAAGGUGCGGACUUAACGAAGGAGCGUCACCGCAAGGCCCUCGGUGCGGUGUUGGUGGCGCGGGGCAUGAUUUAUUGCAAGUUAAAGUCGUUCGAACGCGCCGAUGACGACUUGACACGUGCCUUGUCGUUUGUAAAGGCGAAUCGCUCGGCAACCCUCUUUCAGCUCCGUGCGGAGGCGCGCGAAGCGCUCGGCUACAUCGACGCGGCCCGCGCCGAUGAGGAGCGCGCGGCGAAGAUAUGGGAGGAGGCGGAGGUGAUCAUGCCUGGCAUGGACGGUGCACCACGUAAGUUCGUCACGUGA